AUGGAUUAUGACCUGUGUGAACAGUUUGAUACAUUGAGAAACUAUAUACCCGAUGAAUCAAACACAUCUAUAAGUAAUGAUAUUCAUAAUUUAGAGAACAUUAAGUAUUACUGCUCUAAUAAAGAAUCAGAGGAAACAGAAUGUGAGACAGAUCUCGAUAAAAUUAAGGCUGGAUGUUUAUGGUUGUUUGAGCAAUUGUUUUUGGAAAAUAAAAAAAAUACCAAUACUGUUCCAUACAUUAUCAUAUGGUUAAGUUAUAAACUAAAUCAAAAGACGUAUGAAGAAAUCACGGAUCUAAAUGAUUUUUACAAAAAAUGUAUAGAAAAUAAUACGCAUUAUACUGAUUGUAAACAAGGUGGUCAAGAUUGUAGUGGUUCAUUAAAUAGUAAUACAGGAUAUAACAAUUAUAAGGAAAUCAUAAAUGUAAGAAAGGGAUUGUUGAGUACUAAUAUUGAAAAGAUGUCUAAAUUUUAUGAUGCAUUUAAACUAUUAUGUAACGUGUAUACUGAAUUUAAUGAAAAAAACACAAUAUCUAAGGAAUCUUUAGAAAAUGCUAAAAAAUUUGUUGAAAAAUAUAAUGAACUUAGUAAAUAUUCUGAUAAUACUGAAGAUGACUCCUAUUAUCAAGUAUUGUCUACAUUAUCAAAUGAUUAUAUUAAUUUAAAACAGUAUUGUGAUAGUAAUAGCAUUGAUUGUAACAAUAUUCCACCCCUUACCCCGACAGAAACAGCAGAAAAUGGUAUGCAAAGUUAUGAAAAAAUUUGUGAUGAUACACCAAGCUUCUCGAUAGUAAAAAAAUUAAUUCUAGCUUUAUUAAUAUUCAGUGCAAUAACAAUCUUUUUGGGAAUUUUUUUUAAGUGUUCGUUAUUUGUAUUACGGAAAAGAGCUCAAAAACAAUAUUUAAGAGAACAGCUAAAAAAGUAA